AUAUCUCACAAGAAGUUGAGGAUGGAAAAGAUCUAUUUAACAAUGAUGAAUGCGGAUAUGGAUGCUGUUGAGACUGAAAAUCAAGUAGAAUUAGAAGAAAAAUCACGACUGAUCAAUCAGGUUUUGGAAGUGCAGCAUACACUUGAAGAUCUGUCUGCAAGAGUAGACACCGUUAAAGAAGAAAAUUUGAAAUUGAAAUCAGAAAAUCAGAUUCUUGGACAAUAUAUAGAAAACCUCAUGUCUGCCUCUAGUGUUUUUCAGACUCCUGACACAAAAAGCAAAAGAAAGUAA